AUGGACGAGGAAGCUCAAAAUGAAGACAAUACAAAGGAGGAACAAAAUGAAGAUAAUACAAAGGAGGAACAAAAUGAAGACAAUACAAAGGAGGAACAAAAUGAAGAAGAAACACAAGAUGAUAAUAAAAUAGAUAACACGUCUGAAGUAGAAGAAACGCAAGAUGAUAAUAAAAUAGAAAAGACGUUUGAAGUAGAAGAAGCAAAGAAGGUCGAGGAUUUCAAUUAUGAUGACGAUUUUCAUGAGUUUUUGGAUUAUGAAGAUGCUGAGGAAUACGAAGGAGAUUAUGAAAAAGACCACAUAAGAUCUUCCGUCACGAUAGACUGGGAAAAGGAGGCGAAGAAGACGGUGCACUUGGAAUCGGAUCAGCCAAGAGAAAGACGAAGAACUAUUUAUGAACUCGACGCUUAUGCUGCUUCUGGGCCGUCGAAGAGUGAUAUUCUGAAACUAAGCUCGACGGAUAUGGAGCCUGAACAACUGAAACCACCAAUUCGGUACUCUGUUUCAAUGGGCGUGUCAGGGAUAGCGAGAAUCAACCUAUCGCCUCUAACGCAGAAAGUAGUCGGUUGUGUCAUUGGAGAGAAUGUCAGCACAGAGUAUCCUUGGGUCUACGUGCGAAAAGAAAUUAUCGAGGACAACAUAUACCUCCACGAUGAGAGCAGCGACUUUUUAGCUGUGAAGGAUGAGAUACGAAGUUUCCCCUAUAAAAAGUUACUCAUCGGUUACGUACCCUCGUUAACCGAAGAGGGUCAAUUCUACAUCUGCUUGACCGAGGAAGCCAGAGAUGCUGUAAUUGCACUUAUUCAAAAACAAAGAGAGGAACACGAAGGUCGUGUAAGAACUGCUGUGUAUAAACCAGCACGACAUUGGGAAGAUCUAGGCUCCGGUGAGGAGAUUCAGACGAGUAUGGUGCAACACAUGAGGCCUCUACUAGAAAUUGAGGUGGUAUGCACAGGAGACAUGCUUGAUACACCAGUAGAUUUUCAAGACAGAAGGGCCAGGGAUCAAAGAGACGGCUACGUUGAAUUACUUCCUUAUCGCCAAACGUUUGAAAACGUAUCUUGUAAGCUACUGUACAAUGCAACGCAAGUAACGCCAGCUGUUCGAGAUACCGAGAGCCAGACAACGCUUUCCGUGGCUAGAAAUAAUUGGGUUCAGUACGAGUAUGGGUAUCAGCCUUUGGACAUAUCCACUUUCAAUGAGGAAAAGAUGGAAUCGUUCAAAAACUUCCUUCAUCGUUUCACGGAUGAAGUGUGCGAUCAAUUACUGUUGAACGCCACUUGGGAUAUUUAUAAGAACGAUUAUAGAGCUCUGGUUCGACACGAAAGAGACACUGAAUGGCCAAUACCGGAAGGCUACAGAGAGCAUUUCAGUUUCCACGAUGAGAAACACGUUGUCGAGAGGGUAAUCAAUGAUCUUUGUUGGCAUCCACUGUGGACUGGAGUCGCGUUCGCAGCUUAUACUCGGCAUGGGAAAAGUCAACAUCUGUUUGGACCUAAGUCGUAUGAAGAGGUGGUCAAAGCGGAUGAGAAAAAUUACGUCCUCGUAUGGACUUUCAAUGACACUCUAGCUCCAAAAUUACUGUUGGAAUGCCCCAGAGAAGUGACGACAGUGGCUGCGAAUCCAUUGGAUGGUAAUCGAAUCGUGGGUGGUUGUGCGAACGGACAGGUGGUACUUUGGCAUAUUCCAGGAAAAAUCGAACAAAUAGAAACCGUCAUUGUGACCACUGCUAUCCAAAUGAAGUACAAAGCUUUGAUCAGAAAUCUGACUACAUGGAUGCACGAAGCAGUUGGAUCAUCCUUCGUUAGACCUACAGUAAUGUCUUCGUUGAAGGACAGCCAGAAGGCAGCUAUAACUCAGAUUGAGUGGCUCUCUCCCUUCGAUAAAGUGGACAAAAAUGGAAGGAUUAUAACAUUGUCGGAUGACGAGGAUGUUGAGAAUUUAUCGUCGCAAUUUAUUACUGCCAGCGAGGAUGGGACAAUAGCUUUCUGGGAUUUAAAGUUAGUACAGUCAUGGGAAUCGUUCGAGCAGCGGAGCUAUCGAACUCCCACAAAAAAAUUCAAAAGCGAGCUUCACGCUUUAAGAAAAUCUAUUUCUCCACUGAAGACCCUUGAUCGAGUCUUAAAACCACACUACGUGCUGAUGGUUCAACAUCCCCUCGAGAGUCGAAGACAAGUGAUCACUACCCUCAGUAUCAAUGUGCCAAAGUUUGAAAAGGAACGCGUUGACGUUACUUUGCCUACUAAGGAUUUCACUAUCAGAAGAUUCUUUAGAAAUAUAAUUAAGAAGCCAGAUUUUGUGAUGGAAGCAAAAAUCAAUAUUGGAACUGUGGAAGGUGAGUUUGGGUGCAUCACAUGGGAAGGAUACGACUUUGCCACAGACUUGGCUGUUAAUACUGAAACCUGUAAAUGGUCCUGGUUUAAGAAGAUGCACGAUGGACCCGUGACCCAUGCUAUUAGGUCCAGAUACGACAGUAAUAUAAUUGCAACAAUAGGGGGAAAAGUGUUUGCUAUUUGGAGGGAUGGUGUUGAUGUGCCAUUGAUGUGGAAGAAAUCAGAUGUUAGAAUCAGCGGUUGUAUAUGGGGCAGAUUCCGGCCCACAGUUUUGAUCUUGGCACGGAUGGACGGCACCGUGGAAAUAUGGGACUUCAUGAUCAAAAGUCAAGAGCCGUGUAUUAGGCAGAGCCUAUCAGGACGCAUAAUCACAGGGAUCUACACCCAUGAGUUACACCUGGAUCCUUAUGUUAUAGGAUUUUGCGACUUUAAUGGUAUCUUGAGAGUGUUCCUGCCUCCCAUGAUCUACCUUAAAUCAGAUACUGCCAACAUUGAAUGGAUGGAGAAAUUUCUUGAGCGACAAAUCAAAAGAGUGAACAAGUGCAAGGAUUGGCAGAAUAAAUGGAAAGAGGCGAAUUAUGAGAAUAUUAAGGAGAAACAGAGGCAAGCAGAAGAAAUGGGAAAGACGAAGCAAUUAGAAGAAGAAGGAGAAGAGAAGGCAAAACUUAAGUUAAGGGAAAAGGAAAUAGCUCACGUAGAAAUUAAAGAACCAAUCACUAAAAGAUGGGAGCUUAUCGAACAAGCUCGCGAAAGAUGGAGAGCUAGGCAGCUGAGAAAUAUGCAGCGGGCGAUUUUAGAGAAGAAAGGACUGAGAAAAGAAGAACUUGAGAAGCAACGCGAACCGAUACUUAGGAUGCGACAAGACGCUAAAAAGAAGAAACAGAAAUUGCAGGAGACGUUAAAAAUGCAAGAGGAGAUUUUUGAACAUUCUAAAAAUCUGUUCAUGCCUAAACGUAAACCAGAGACGGCAAAAGUUUCCAUAGAAGCUGAUCCGAUAAAAAUUGAAGCGUCUGUUGAGGAAGUUAUUCUUCAACGAGAAGUAACAAUCGACAAGAUGGAUCCAAACGAGGAGAUACUUUACAACUUCAUGCAAACACAAAUGGAAGUGUUAGACGAACUUCAGAAGCAUCCCUUCCAGCAUUCGUUCAAUUGGCGAAAAAUCCUGACGGAGGGCAAAACCAGAAGAAUUUCCAUGGAUUCUGAAUUAAGAACAUUGACCAAAGCAAAGAAGCAAUGAACAAUAGUUUAACAUAGCAAUAAAUGUCUACUUUAUAUUAAUUAAUUUUAAAACAUUGAGUUAUAAAUAAUUGAAUUCAUCAAAAUUAAAUUGGAAGAAGAAAAUGAGGAAACACAAAUUCUAGUUUAAUUCUGAGAAAAUCCAAGAUAUUUUACUUCCUGAAGAUGUGCUGGCAGAGAAGUGUAACAAUUCACUCAACUAAGAGCUACAAAGUUCCACUUAUAAAAGGAAAGACUGUCAGCGGGGUUUCAAUUGCGCGAAACACUGUUGCGUAGGUGAAUCACAAUCAGGUGAUUCGCAUUCGUAGGUGAACUGGCAAUCAGAGCUUGCAAAUAUAAUAUCCGGUAUUCGUUAUAAGAAAGAUUCAAGCAGACAAAAGAGAGCAAUUUGCCACCGUAAUUAUCCCCACCUUCCGCCGCAUACACCGUAAACGUUCUUCAGUUUGGCCGUAAUGUUUUGUAUUAACUAUUACGGUUUACAGUAGUAAAUCUACCAAUGAAAAGACAAGCUUCAGGCUCAGCUCAUAGUCUAUGGAAAGUUUCAUAACUAUAUG